AUGAUGUCGUUGUCCUUCACCCUUCUCCUCUCCGUUCUGGCCUGCAGCCAGGUCUUCGCCGCCCCGAUGCCGGCGCUGGUCACCGUCAUCGCCCCAAUCCCGGGUGCCGGCCAGACCGGGACCGCCACCAUCCUCGGCGUGGACCAGGCGGGCCACACGACAUUCGCGAUCGCAGAACCGGUGGUCGACGGCUCCAGCACGCUUACCGUCCUGACUGCGACCCUCGUGGCGGGCGCCAACUUCGCCUCGGAGACAUUCUCUGCCUCGUUCUCCCAGCCCGGCUUUGCGUUCGACGCCGUCCUGGGCGGAGAGUGCACCAUCACCGGGGACAUCGCUGUCUGCAACGACGGCACGGAGACGGUGACGACCGACGCGGCGUUCGUCACUGCCAGCCUGACACAGGUUCUGGACGUCGCGGAGCCCACGCCGCUUUGA